AUGUCUAGCUUCGCGGCAUCCAGGUCCAAGGAGCUUCGCGAUUUUAAAAUCAUAACACUGCAAAAGCUCAAUGAUUUCAAUGACCAAGCAAUUCCCGAGGGCAGCACGCUAGAAUCAUUGAAGAUACGUCGCAUGGCCGUAGCCAAAGGUCUACUUGGCCAGCUUGGUGAGGGAGCUAAUAUUGAGCCACCUUUUUUUGUGGGAUGGGGCUGUAAUGUAUUUAUCGGAGAUGGUGUUUACAUUAACCGUGAAGUAUCACUAUAUGAUAACACACUUAUUCGCAUUGGCGACCGCGUCCUUUUAGGACCAGGUGUGUGUAUUUGUACAGGUACGCAUCAGAGUGCCGCCAAAGACCGAAAAGAAGCUAGUGGGACCUCCUUUGCUCGACCGAUAAUUAUAGAGUCGGACUGUUGGAUUGGGGCACGCGCCACAAUUUUGGAUGGGGUACGUAUUGGAGCAGGUGCAACCAUCGCAGCAGGAGCUGUGGUCACACAAGAUGUUGAACCUGGAUGCCUUUUCGGUGGAGUACCUGCC